AUGCAUACCCCAAAGAUUAUACUGUCCUUGUGCCUCACCAUCGGUAUGGCUGCGGCUUUGCCUGCGGUGGGAUCUACCAGCAAGUUAGACGGUGACUUGUACAACUACAAACGGGGUACUAGUGAGCUUGACGGAGAUCUCUACAACUAUAGAAAGCGCAACAACGCUGAGCUUGAUGGUGAUCUUUACAACUACAGGCGCAGCAAGGCUGAACUUGAUGGAGACUUGUAUAAUUACAAGCGUGAUGAUGCUGAGCUUGAUGGUGAUCUCUACAAUUACUAA